UAUAAAAUCCCAACACCGCGAUGAGUUCACUUUUGUUUUCAUUCGAGUGUCUGUCUAUCUAGAUAAGGGAAAGAGCGCCUCCGGAGCUCUGAGAAAAGUUGAUCUUUUUUUUUCUGUGGUUCAGCUCUUAGUAGCUUAAGAAGUGUGAACGCAAGAUGAAAUUACUAGUAUUAGUGCUGGCGUCACUGAUCGCCGUCUGCCUAGCCGAACCAAAGCCCGCCAUCAAUGAAGUCAAAUCGAAUCAGCCCCAGCAGAAGCCGGGCCGAUUCCUAUCACUGCCAGUGCCGGAGAAAUGCGCAAACCGUCCGAAGGAGUUCCAGUACCGUGGACACAAUUAUUUCUACAGCGCUCACGUGCCCGCUCUUGCCGAUAAACGAGUAGACUGGUUGGAUGGCCGCAACAUCUGUCGCGAGUACUGCAUGGACCUGGUGUCAUUGGAAACGCAGGAAGAGAACAAUCUGAUCUUCCGUUUGAUCCAGCAGAACGAUGUCCCAUACAUCUGGACGGCCGGCCGUCUCUGUGACUUCAAGGGCUGUGAGAACCGUCCCGAUCUGGAACCCAAGAACGUCUACGGAUGGUUCUGGUCCAACAACCGUGAGAAGAUCCCAGCUACCAACAAGAUCCCUAAUGGCUGGGGAUACAACCCAUGGAGCAAGUCCGGACACAAGAAGAUCCCACAGCCAGACAAUGCUGAAUUCGACAUCAACCAGACGACCGAAUCGUGCCUGUCAGUGCUGAACAACGUCUACAAUGAUGGCAUCGGAUGGCACGACGUUGCUUGCUACCACGAGAAACCAGUAGUGUGUGAAGAUUCCGAAGAACUGUUGAACUACGUUGCUGCCACAAACCCAGGCAUUCGUCUGUAGAAUUUAGUAUAAACAAAUCUUCUAGCUUAAGUGCCUCUCCUCCAAAACUCAAAAAACAAGGAUCAAAAACUAUUUUGCCAAGUUUUUCUUACCUUCAGUACUGUCCCAGUUUUUGCAAAUGAAGCAACCGCAUAACAUAAUUUAGGGUACGAUGACUCCACCGCAUGCAAAGCGACGAACCAGGCCAACUGCAUACAAAAUCAAAACGACAAACACUUCAAAAUGUUAUUCAAAUGUAUAUUUAUUUAAUGAAUAGAGUUUUUUUUCGUACUUCUCUAUCCUGUAACUUGCUAAGAGCGAACUGAAGUGCAGUUGAACACAAGUGGAGUCCCGAUUAUUACCAAUAAAUAAAAUGUGCAAAAACGGAAUUGUUACAGUGAAAACCAA